AUGAUUACAUCAUUGUUGGCGGUGGAACCAGUGAACUGGAAUUUCGUUUCCGCACCCGCCGAAACACUGCCAAAUGCAACUUUCAACGUCUACAUCGCGGAUGUAGUAGGAGGUAGUUCAAUACACAAGGGUAUAUUUGCCGAUCGAGGAUCUAAAGCAGACUAUGAUGCAUGGGGAACUCUCAUCGGAGACGAUACCUGGAGUUGGGAAGGACUCUGUCCCUACUCCAUCAAAAGCACGACUUACACUCCACCAUCAGAGGAACUAAAAACACAUUUCGAUAUCAGGAAUAACGCUUCAGCAUAUGGGAAUGGACCUAUCCAAAUCAGUUAUCCUUCUAUCAUCUUUCCCGAUUACAGCAACCAAACUCUAGCCGCGGAAGAUAUUGGAAUCAAUAUAUCUGAUGCAUCGGAAUUCGGUAAUGCGAUUGGUUUCUGCUGGGUUCCUCAGACUCUUGAUCCCAAAACGAGGUUUCGUUCGCAUUCAUGCAUCGCUCAUUAUGAUCCUAUUGCUCGCAGACCAAAUCUUCAUCUCAUCACGGGUCAUUUAGUGGAAAAGAUUCUUUGCGAUGACAAUCUCACUGCUACUGGUGUGAAAUUCACAUCUGUCCAAACAAAUCAUACACAUAUAGUAUCAGCAAAUAAAGAAGUUAUUUUAGCAGCCGGAGCGAUCAACACACCCAAGCUUCUACAACUCAGUGGGAUAGUUUCCAGACACGCACUCGAAGCUGCGGGGUGGAGGUUCUCCUCGAUGCACCGGCUCUGGAAUGUUACGAAUUCGGCGUUUCCGAAUGAUGCGACGACUGCGAUGAAUGUUUCGUAUAAUGCGAGUGCGUGGCAGGAAUACAUCACGAAUCAUACGAGCAUACUGAAUACAUCACAUGGACCAUGUACUCAAGGCACUUCUCCAGAUGCAGCAUUUAUCUCUCUCUCUCAACUCACAUCCCAAAGCCAAGAAAUCAUCGAUCAAGCACGCGCUCAAAAUGUAUCGUACUACCUCCCACCCAUCUAUCGUAACAAUCCAGCACUCCUCAAAGGGUAUCUAGCUCAACGUGAUAUCAUCCUCGAUCAUUUCUCCCGAGCCGACGCAGCAGUAAAAGAAAUUCCCGUUGGCACCACAGGUCCCAGCGCCUGCGCCGUCGGAAAACCUCUCUCCCGAGGAAUCAUCACACUCUCCUCCUCUUCCCCCCAUUCCCAACCCAUCAUAAACCCACCACACAUUUUUCUCCCCUACCGACUCCCUCAUUCUCACCUCCUUCAUCCGCUUCAUCCGCUCCUAUUAUUCCUCCCCCCUGCUGUCCUCCUACUUCCCCACCGAAAACUUUCCCAGUCCCACAGCUCAAACAGAUGCCGAGAUUUUCGCCGCGCUGAUUAG